AUGUCUUAUCGCCUCAACCGUUCCGAGGCCCGCGGAUCCUCCGAGGACGCACGACUCACGGAGAACACCACCAGGCAAGUUUUUCGUACUCAGUCGCGCCCAUCUCGUUACGCACAAAAUUUGACUCCAUCAAUUCCAGAUUGUCCGGAAGUUCCGCUAGUGCGAAUCACCCUGCCGCUGCCUCUUCACGGGGAACGGACUCGGGUGACGAUCGGCCCAGCUCCCGCCCAGGGCCGACCAACCCGUCGGCCGAGAAGCACCACUCAAGCACCAGCAAGACUAAGGCCACAGGCCGCUCGGUUGAACCCAAGAAGCCCCAGACCAACCAGCCCACUAGCCAGCAGACCAGCGGAGUGGAACCCUCCGACUCCUCGGUCAAGCAGGGCCAACUGCCCCCGAAGCCCAAGCAACUCUUGGAAUGCGUCAUCCUCCAGGAGCCUCCUCCAAGACUCUCCAAACCAAACCAGCCGAGGGAGCCGAGCGCACCGAGAGUGCACUUCCUACUCCCGAGCGACCCCACUCUCCAAUGGAAACCUCCACGUCAGAUCCCGCACCCGCAACGGAGAUCGUAG